UCGAUGACUUUUAAAUGGCGCCCUGGGAUGAACUUUACGCGGUGAGUUCUCAGGCAACGUGUUCUGGCCACAAACCAGCUGGCAACAUCUCCAUGGACGCAUCCGCAGCCCGCAGAGUCCCCACAACGGAAGUCUUUUUGAUGCUCUGAGCUUUCUCGCCAGGUGCAUUAUGUACGAAUGCAGGUUUCUUGGUUCAUUUCCCGAUUGGCGAUUCUACUCCAAGCCUCGAGGCUACAUCGUGGUGAUCCUCCGGACCGUAUAUCGAACUCGCGUACGCCAGCUGUAUGCCCCCUUGAUUUACGCAUGCACGUUCCAGUCUUCUCUCAUUGCUUACGAUCUGUCCAGACCUUCCGUAUCCUCACCCAUCUGCCCAAACCGCUGGAUAACCUUCAGACCUAUGCACCAGAAAUUUAGUCGUGUUUACUGCAAAAUGUCGGAAAUCAGAGGGUAUAUAUCGCACUCGCGGCCGCCGUCGCGAUGGAAACGCGUGCCUUGGCUUCCACAAGCCAAUCAUUUGAAAGUAAAACACGCGUUCGUGGCGCGGGGCGCUCAAGGCUUCCCCAUUGUCGCCUGUUAUCUUUUGUCCACGUUUUUCAGCGUGUACCCUCAAGCGGCAUAAAGCGCGAUGCCUCCUUGUUUGUCCCUUUCCACUCCCGCCCUGCAGUCCCCCCCCAUCCCCUCCUCUCUUCCUCCCCUCCUCUCUCUUUUCUGUUCAUAGUGGCCUGCGCUGGACGUAUCCUUCCUUGAGCGCCAGACGUAAUCCGAUUUUAGGCCUCCACUCAUUCAUCGCAAGCGACG